UUUAGCUGUAGAGAAAGAUAAUGUAGAGCAGCUUAGUGUGUGUUGUGAAUCUUUGGACUUGUCAAUAAAUAAAAACCAGGGUACAGUUUUAGACGAUGGUGAGAGUAUUAUAAACUUAAGAGAUAAGCAAUUGAUAGGAACUUUUCAACAGAAAAACAUAAAUCAUCUGUUGACAGAAAAUAAUUUUGCAUGUUUUGUGCCUCAGGUUUCUUCAACAGGUAGUGCCCUUGAAGAGAAUACAGAAGACUUGACAUUUUCAAGUCGUCUAAUAACCGAGUGUAGCUCAUUAAAGGAUAUUAGGUUUGAUGAAAUUCAAGAGAGUGACAAACAUCCAAAAGAACUUUUGGAUAGCAAGAUGGUUGAACAUACAAGUUCAAAAACUUUAAAACCAUUGUUUGAGGAUCAUUCAACUAACUGUGUAAAACAAAAAGGUUUUUGUGGUAAUGGACUUUCAUCACCCAGCAGAGAAGUUUAUUUGGACAUCUCUGGAAGUAACACUGGUUAUGAUAGUAGCAUAGAUCAUAAGCUGAAGUUUGAGCAAAGUAUUAAUAACGAAAAUUUUCAAGCUGAAUCUGAUAAACAGCUGGAGGAAAUUGUAUGCAAUGAUAUAUUUAAACAGAGCCAUCAAGAAAUAUUAUCUUCCUCAUUUGAAUCAAGUAAUAAUGUAACUCAGGAGAAAACCGAUAUUAAAUGUGGUUUUUCUACAAUGGAUAUAGAAGAAGCUGGUGAUAGAUAUAUUGCUGAUGUGUAUUCUGGCAUUACUGUUUCUUCCAUUGAUGAAAAGAAAUGUGGCAUUGAUGACAAAGAAGAACUAGCAUGUGAUAAUAUAUCUGAACAAAGCAAUCCACAAAUAUCAUCAUCUGCUUUUCAGUUGAUAGGGAUAAAUAAGCAAACCAUUGAGAAAAAAAAUAAUAGUGUCACUGAACAUAAUACAUGUGCCUGUGGUGACAAUUCUGAGAAUAAUUUGGGUGUUGGCACUAAUAUUUUUUCAGACAAGAAUAAACAAUGUACAAUGCUUGAGACAAGAGAACCUCUUACUUAUACAAUAAAUAAUGUGCAUUACAAUACUGAGCACUUAUACUUGGGGUCCUCUACAAGUAUAGAAGACAAUCAUAAUAGUGAUUUCUUACCCAGUGCUUCCACAGAAGUGUCUGAAUUACAAGAAGACAAGCAUCAUGACAUAACAGUCGAGGAGUCUUUAGAAUUUGGAGAACAUGAUUAUUGUGAUCCAACAUUAUGGAUACAUAAAUCCUUACCACCUAAAGAGUUUAAUGCUAUUAACAGACCUAUCAAACAGUUGUCGUCUGAAAGUAUUUCCAGUAACAGCUGUUACAUUUGUGAAACAUCAGAGUCUGAAAAAAUAACUUCUGAAACUAUUCCCAUGAUAAAUCCUGAUAUUGAAACAAUGACUGGUGAAAAUACCAUUAUUUCUUCACCCAAAAGCUUUGAAAUUGUUGAAGAAAGUACAUCCAACUUGGCACCAAAGAUGGCAAACAUUAUGGCUGUCAGUGAAGAAGUAGAGAUGUUGCCAUUUUGUGAGGAUAUCGGUGAUGAUGAUAAUGAUGUCAAAAAUGAUAGUGACAAUAAAGAUAAAGCACAAAGUGUUCCUAAUGAUUCUGUUGCAGAUCAGCAAUUACAAGAUUCUUUUCAUGUUAACAAUGGUAACAGUGAUGCUCCAUUGAAAAGUAACAGGUUACUAAAUGUUGACAAACCAAGUGAUGACUUUAUUGAUGAAACUGUUGAGACAAUCCAGAGGCAGAGUGAAAAGAUGUCUUAUACAGACACUUCCGAAAGUCAUGCUGAGAACCAAUUGAAUUAUAUCUUAGAUGAUGUUGUCAAUGUAGAAAAAUUAGGUGAAAGGUCCAAUGUAAAUGAAAUUCAGCCUUUUUCAGUGAAAACAGAUUGCAUACUGUAUGAAAACAGAAAGAAAGGAAUGUGUUCUACUUCAUUGAAACAAGAUUAUUUUGACUCUUCUGAAUUACUUCAUGAUGAUCAAGGUAUUUUUGAUUCAAAUUCUGCUCUUGAAGUUAUUCAUGAAGGUAACAGCGAGUUCUUCAAAUUGUCACAGCAAACACCUGACAUCUUGGUAUCUGGAGAAGAUAAUGGUGUUUCUUCUAUAACAGGUCAGAACAACUGUAUUUCCUUUAAUUCACUGUCUAGCAGAGUAAGUCCCAUUGAAUCAGUCAGUCAGAAACCAGAUGCUAAUGAUCAAUCCAGAGUGAUUCAGGAAUUGCCUAAUGAACUAUUUGGUUUCAAUGAGCAAUCAUUUUCUUCAAGCAGACAUCACAAUAGUUAUCCCUUAGUUUUAGAAAGUCCAAAAGGUGAACUGAUUUUUGAAGGGGAACACAUUCUAGCUGGUGAGGAGAGCUUAACCUUCUUUCCUAGCCAAGAUAUUGAUCAUUGUGAAGAAGCAGAAGUAACAAGAAAACAUCAGUGUCUAAAAACUCUCAUUUUGGCUGAAGCUGAUCUACCAGAAGUAGGAUCCACUACCAAAGAAACAGAGAAAGAAAGAGGUGUGAAUGUACUUCAUACAGUGAACUAUAAUGUUCACAGAUCUGAAGUUGAGAGUGAUACAGAUGACACCAGCAGUACUGGUACUUCGUGUAGUUCAACAUCAGGUUCAUUUGAGUGUCUAAAUUUGAAAUAUAAGGAUAAGUCAUUAGAGAAAGAUCAUGAAAAAUGGCAUAAAGAAGAAGGUGAACCAGAAGAAGAGGAAGAGAGCUUUUCUACCUGGAAUAGUAAUGCCACUCCCACCAGAAGUAUUCUUCUAUCUCCAGAAAAAAAGCUGCUUGGAAUGAAGAAAAGUGUAUCCUUUCAUGAAGAUCAUCCAAUAUAUGUAUACAGUUAUCCACCAGAAAUAGAUAGUGAUGAUGACCUGGAGGAUGAUGUAGGUAAUAUAGAAGAUUUUUGCUGGAACCUAGACUAUGGAAAUUAUGCAGAUUGGGAUUUCCAACCAUCAUUGGAUGAUGAUCAGGAUGUAGAGGACGAUGUGGAGGUGGAAGACUUGGAAGAUAGUUACAAUAAUUUUAUCCGUUAUAAACCUUCACCCUUGUCAGCACAUCAAAGCACAAGUUUGUACACAAUUGUGGGUAUAACUGAUGAAGAACUUGCAGAGACUAGAGAAGAUGAUGUUGAUAGUACAGAAGACUUGCCAAAACAUCCUACACAAACCUUCACCUAUUUUCAAGAAAAAGAAAACAGUUCUGAAUUAAUGAAACAAAACAAUCCAUGCUGUGAGAAAUCUUUUUGUUAUGAAAAUGAUAGUCACAGUGAUGAAUGUUUUCCCUCUGAUUUCCACUUUGAAAUUUCUGAUAUUGACCAAGAAAAUCUUAAGUGCAAAUCACAGAAAUUUCAUGAAAUUUAUAAAGAACCUGAACUUUCUGUAGAUGGAAACAUACACAAAGAUUUUGAAGAACUAGAAGACUACAGUGAGUCAUGUGUAGAGGGAAAUGUUCCAAAUCAGCAUAAAAAACUAGAAGACAGCAUUAAGCCAUUCAUAGACAGAAACUUGCAGGGCCAGCAUGGGAAGCUAUAUAACAGUGAGUCGUUUAUAGACAGAAACACUGAAAAUCAGGUUAAAGUGCCAGAUAGUAAUGAGUCAUUUACAAACAGGAACAUUCAGAGCCAGCAUAAGAUACUAGGUGGCAGUUAUUCACUUAAAAACAUCCAAAGCCAGCAUAAGGAGCUAGAAGAUAGCUCUGGAUCAUUCACAGACAAAAACAUUCAAAAUCAGCAGAAGAUAGAAAAUGACACAGAGGUACAGGCAGACAGAAAUAUUCAAAACCAACAGAAGAAAUUAGAAAAUGACAUUAAAUCAGUGAUUGACAGAAACAUCUGGAAGCAGCAGGAGAAGGGAGAAGAUGACACAGAGUCACAGAAACUAGAUGACACAGAAGUACAGACAGACAGUGAUAUCCAGAACCAACAUAAGAAAUUAGAAGAUGACAUUGAAUCACUGGUUGACGGAAACAUUCAUAACCAGCAGGAGAAGGGAGAUGAUGAUAUAGAGUCACCUACAGACAGAAAUAUUCACAGCCUGUAUGAAGAAUUGGAAGAUGGCACUGAAUCACUGAUUGACAGAAACAUUAAUGACCAGCAGGAGAAGGGAGAUGAUGUUAUAGAGUCACCUACAGACAGAAAUAUUCACAGCCAAUAUGAAGAAUUUGAAGAUGACAUUGAAUCACUGGUUGACAGAAACAUUCAUAACCAGCAGGAGAAGGGAGAUGAUGAUAUAGAGUCACCUGCAAACAGAAAUAUUCACAGCCAGUAUGAAGAAUUGGAAGAUGGCACUGAAUCACUGGUUGACAGAAACAUUCAUAACCAGCAGGAGAAGGGAAAAGAUGAUACAGAGUCACCUGCAGACAGAAAUAUUCAAAACCAGUAUGAAGAACUUGAAGAUGGAACAAGCUCUUCAGAGAACAAUUACAGUGAAACAGAAUCUUCCAGGGAUGAAAGCCUUGAUGGAAUUGUGAAAAGUAUUGAUGACUCUGACCACUCAGAAGAUAUUGGUAUUGAAGGAGACAGUGAUUUUGAAUAUGAUGAAGAUGUAGUGGAUGCACCAAACCCAGUGGCUAUUGAGCUUCAGUGGCCAGUGGGGACUUUACCAGAUGCUUACCUAGAAGAUCUCCCAAUUGUAGAUGUCAUGGAUACCAUUCUGGAAGAACCUGAGGAAGAUUUGGAGGAACUAGAAGGUGAUAAUGACAGUUUAGCUGCUUUACAUAAUGCAAAUAACAGUGAAGAAACAUUGAGCUUGAACUGUUUGGUGGAUGAUACAAGAGAAUCCUUAUGGUUCAGAGAAGUUUUAGAGUCUGAAAGUCAGUGUGGUAACAUUAAAGCAGACACACUUAAAUAUGAUUCAAAAAUCGAUACAAUUGAAAAGAAUUCUGAGUUGGAAAUCCAAUCUAAAGUAGAAACCCCUAUUUGUGGUUAUAAGUGUGAAGAAGUUUCUGAACCUGAUGAUCAAUUUUACAGAGAAGAAGAGGAAGAAGAAUAUUGUAGAUCUGAUCAGAAGUUCAACUUCUCUGAAGAAACAUGUAGAUCUAGUCACCAGUUCCAAGAAAUAUCUCAUCAACUGUAUGAAACUAGUAAAGAAAUUUCGAUAUUCAGUCCUACAUUUAAUAAUGCCAAAGCAGAAAUCAGUGUGUCCAGCAAUUCUGAAGAGGAAGCAUCUAGUCACUGGUUUGAGACAAUUGAAAAAACACCCUGUCAGUUUGGCAGCACCACAAAAUACUCACCUGGGCAGCUUUUAAAACAAAAGGUAAAUGACAAUGAACAAGAAGUUGAUAUUUUCACUGGUCCUGAAAAUGUUCUUCCAGACAUUCCAGUGAUCAUCAUUAGUAGCUAUGAUGAUGAAUGCAAAUGAACUAAUGAAGUGUGUUUUACUGAAGACAUUUUCAAAAAAGAUAAUUGAACUAAGGGUCAGUGAAACUCAAUACAGCAGUGUUAAUUUGCUGAAGGAUUGUAAGGCAGCCUCAAAACAGUGCUUCAAGGAAAUCUGAUAUCAUUCACUUUACAGCAUUCCAGAUUGAGAAUCUAAAUUACAGUUAUGAGAGCAGUAAUGUUCUGAUAAACAUGUUUAUUAUCUUCAUAUUGGACAAGGGCGAUAAGAACAGUUAACAUGUUUUCUUACUAUGAUGAGAGUGAAACAGAGCAUCUUCAUUAACUUUUGAUAGAUUGUAACUCAUGUAUGUGCUAAGUGCAGUUCUCACUCCCUUAAUGCUGCAAGUUUCUGUAAUAUGGCUUUGCCAAAAACAUUUCCAAACUAUUUCUGAAAUGAUUUACCCUAGUCAUUUGCGAGUAGCAGGAUUUUUUGUAUGGGUUUUUCUGGUUUUGCAAUUUAACAAAAUAUAUAUACAUGUAUAAUGCAAGAGACAGUUAUAUGAUAGGUUCAAAAAUAAGUGAAAAGUAUAUUAAAAGUAUUAGAAACAAAAGUUUACUCCAACACUCACACAUAUUUCAGUGCUAAUAUAUUUAACAUAAAUAAUUUAAAAUUUCACUAAUUGGUUGGAUUGAUAGUGGUCUAAAACCAAACAAAAGUGUGUGCCUUAGUAAUAGAAGCUACUUACAGCAGAAAAAUGGUUAGGCAUCAGUUUGUUUUUACAAUAAAUCCAAACUAUUUAAAAAGGUAUUCAGUCUUAUCACAUACUCUGAGAUGUUUGACUUUUCAACCCACCAUACUUUAAAUUCCAAAAUGAAUUAGUAUAAGUAACCACAUCAUGUAAUUAAAACAUUUCUUAAAUGUCUUAUGAAUUGAUUUUAUUAAUUUUAUCGACAUUCCAAUUUGUUUAUUUGCAUUAUGACUGUUUAUAGUCUAGUGUAGAUAAUGCCAAUUGAUCUCUUGAACUUUAAGGACACUGAAGUUAUAGAACUGGAACACUGAGCAAACAGAGCAAUAUGAUUUCUAGGUUGUGACAUAGUAAAUCACAUGAUAAUUCUACUUCUGGUUUCAAGCAAAACUUUUGAGCUGCCAAAUGCCCCAGUGUGUAAAUUGCUCAGAAACUUGUCCAAAACUGUCAUUUCAUGUAUAAGUUUCCAAUGAAUGAGACAAUUAACUACACUGUAUAGUAAGUAAAAUAUUUUAUUCAAGCAAAUACUUAAAAGUUACAUUCAUUCAACAACAUUUGACCAAUUUUUACUGUUUCACAUCCCUCUAACCUAAGCCUAAUAAAAGUUAGGUGGAAAAACAUUUGCUCUACAUUCAUCAAGUUGUGCCAAAAAUCUUUAUAAAAACUAAAUAUGAAACAAUUUCAAACAGCAAUGCUAGAAUAAAAAACUGAACAUAUACAUUGCAUUGCACUUACAUUCAUUGUUGGAAAACAUUGUGUGAACAAAACAAUAUAGUAAAACACAUAAAUGUUACUUAUUAAUUUAUGAAAAUAAAUGUGAGUGAGAAAAAGUACAUCAAGGUAAUUCAAAAUAAGGAUAAGAAAAUACAAAACAAUUUCUUUUUUAUAGUUACUCAACUACUAAUUAAAGAGACAAACAAGAUAAUGUAAGGCAAGGGUGUAAAAUUUAGGUCACAGUAAAUAACCAAAAGCAAAUUGUCAGACAGAAAUAUUAAAUGGAAGAAAAUUGUUCAUUUAAUCCUGAAGGGGAACAUUCAACCGAAGCAGACUUUAAGACAACUAGUUUGAGAUGUGUUUGUCAUAUACUGCAUAAUUUGUGGUUUUUACAACCUUUUAUAUUUUGGUGAGACAUUUCAUGAACACAGAAAACAUUAAUGGUAAUAUUGAUGAGCCUGUCCUAACAUUUUUUCUGGUGUGUGUUUUGAACAGCUCGUAUAGGCUGGAUACCAGAUGGUAUUGGAUUGCUCAUAGCCCAUUCUUGAAUGGAGGUCAUGACUGCUUAUGUUUAACAUCUUGGAGUUGUGCUGACUUUCAGGUUUUCUCUUGCAGCUCUUCUUUUAAUUUCCCAUUCACACUGAGACCAUCUGGGUACUGAUUCUGGAAAUGAGCAGAAAAACAUUAAGCUGAAGUGGAAACAAAAUUUCUAGUAUUCCAUACCUACUUAAUGCAAGAAGUGUUUCAGACAAAAAUAAUAUAGAUUCUGACAUGUAUAGCUUCAUAGAUUGACAACAAGUUCUUGAUUUUAAUCACCAGUCUCAGCCUGGCUUGACAAUUCUUGCAGUAAACUACAGAGAGCUAAUGUCAAUUGUACUAUAUCAUUUGCCCAUUUUAUUGUACUUUUUUUUCUGUUAUUACAUAAUAUCGCAAUCAUUAUUAUUAAAGAAGUUUUGUUUCAUGUCAGAUGAUUUCAUAAUACAGUUAGGCCUACUUGUCAGAUGAUUUCAUAAUACAGUUAGGCUUACUUGUCAGUUCAACUGGUACCUUGUCUUGUGUGUUAACAUUGUCAGGCUUGGCAUAAAUAAGGGUUCUCCAGAUAUUUGCUAUAUCUAGCUGUAGCACCAUUAUUGGUUAUUUUAACUGGCUCUUGCAAGAAAGUUCUUCACACGUGCUAUUUUUGACUGUUGCCUCACAUAUUCGUUAUGUUUCUUGCCAGUCAUGUGGCUGGCAGAUUCUCCCAUGCUUCCAAUAUUGAACAAUUUCUGAUGUAUCCAACAAAGUUUUUUUUGUGGCAUUGAUUAUGGUUUUUUUAUUAGUCAGUAUGACUGAAAGGCACAAUUCCUCAUUGUUAUUAACAUUUGUAUUAUGUUCUGAUAAUUCUAAUCUCGCAGUUAAACCAAUAAAGCACUGUAAAAGGUACCAUUUGCAGUGAUGCCAGUACACGUGUACAUGGAAAAGGUUGGCCUCUUUAUGUGAAUGAUGUCAUGCAUAUGACAUCUGGGGACUUUCCAGUGUUUAUUAUUAGUUCACUGAUAAAAAGAAAUCCAUUAGUUUUCAUAACAUAAACAAUGCUAAUUAUUUAAAAUCAGAACUAUUUAAACAAAAAUAGUAAAUUUCAAAACCUGUCUAUGUUUUCAAAGCUAUUUUUAUACAAUUCCAGGGCUUAUUCUAAUUUGAAGCAUUCUGAAAUAAUUUGGAGGUGUACGGUUGCGUACAAUCCCUGUAAUUAUUUAUCAUUUGUGGUCAAAAAAGCAACCUUUUUUAAUAUUACUCCAGUGUAAUAUUUAUCAUUUUUAACUUUUGAACUUAACCACUGACGCUCCACAUGAGUCCUUGCAAUAUUUUGUUUACAUGCAAAUGAAAGCAGCAGUAAUGUGGAGGCACUUACUUGUCUUUCCCUAUUGAACACACUCACUAGUACCAUUUCAACUGGUUUUCUACUUGAAUCUGAUCAAAACAAAGGUAACUACGUGUUACACUAAAUCAUUUAUCUAAAGUUCCACAUAGCAGUAUUGAUAAUAAAUUUCUAAUAUAUAUAAUGUCAUUCUUACCAGGAAGAUGUAGUAAAUGGUGGAGUAAAGAUACAUAAUCUGCACUAAAAUUUAACAUUCAGUUUCAGUUAAGACCACAAAGUGCAAGUAAUUAAAUAUACACUACCAGUAUCAUUUGGUUAGUUUAGAAUUUGAUUGCUUUUACCACUAGUGCUACUCUGUUCAUCCUAUUUACUGUUCCUAUUAUACACAACAAAUUGAACCACAUAAUUCAAUUAUGUAUAUUUCUUAAUUUGUAACAUGUACUAUGUAGUCAGUUCAGAUCUAGACUUUACAUUUAAGACUAAUAUUGUUGGACUUGAAAACACAUCUAAGGAAUAGAGAGUACACUAUAGGCUAUUAAUUAACAAGUAUUAAACGCUCGCAAAAUGACUAAAUUUCAUAAAAUUAGUGGUUCACUUAGCCCUAAAUUUAGUUUCUGCUUCUACUUGUGACUGAUAAUUUUAAAUUAUUUUUGUUCUAAUCAAAUUUAAAAGUAGAACUAUUCAACUAGAGAUGAAAUGUUUUAGUAGUUAGUUAGAAGGGAGCCUCAGCUAAGUGUUUUAGGUCUAAGGCUUAACAGUGUAUUGACCUCAUUAUUGCAGAUUUUUUCAUUGACACCUACACUGUGGCUUUAAUUAAUCCAUUUUGAAUGAUCACAUAGCACUGGCUUUGAGCUGUUAUAAGAAGUCUGACUUUUUUUUUUCAUUGUUACUGGGUUAUUAAUGCAAAUACUUGAAAUAUUAGUUGUAAUGUAUUCAGCCAUUUCACUUUCAAAUGUUUGGAGCUGGAAAUAGAACUAUCAUGUGAUACUUGAUGUCAAACUUUGGAACAGAAUAAAAAUACUUUGUUUAAUGAAUGUUUCUGUGUUUCACAGUAAAAUAACCUAAUGCAAGUUAUUUUUGCCUUUGGAUAAGUUUAUAAUAAAAAGCAAGGAUGAAUGAGAAAUUUUCUGUGGAACUAAUGUUAUGAUGUACAAAGCUCAAUAACACUUUAUAAGCAUUAACCACAUUCAAAUAUAGGAAGAUUUGAUAAUGCUUCUUGUAAGCUGUUAAAAAUUUACCUGUGAAUCAUAAUUUUUGGGAAAUGAUAUUGGGUUUGAUAUUUUUUAAGCUCUCAAUAGGUGUGAUUUGUUUAUAUAUAUAUAUAUAUAUUACAAAACUCAUAGUAUUACUGUUUUAACAGUUUAAUUAACAGAAUGUGACAGCUUUCAACAGUCUUAGCUAUUUGUAUCAGAACUCUAAGGUUGAGCUGUUUUUUGGGUUACAUUGUCAUAUUUUUCAAUCAAGGAGAGAAAAAAUGUUAUGUCUUUAAUCAUCUGUGUUAAAGGCAGAACUACUUACGUACAAGCAAAGCCUAAAUCAGAAAGUUAAUACCACCACCCCCCCAAAAAAAUGCAAAUGAAGUGGGGGUGUUCUAUAGCUUCAGCCAGUUGUCAUAAGCCUACUACCUGGCAUUCUGUUUCAGUAACAUAUAUUUUUGUUUCAUUAGAAUAUAAUUGUUUAAAAUAUAGAAAUUUAGAUUAUUUUAAAUUAUGAAAGAUUCUACUAAUAUUUAUUUAUAAUUCAAAUUAGGAAUAGAGCAAGGUUAUGAAUAUGAAUAUUAAAUAUAAAAUGGUUAAGGGAAUGUCACAAUCAUUUUAUGGAAAUAUUCUACAAAAAUUGUAAAAGAGAAUAUGCACAUAUUAAUAAUCAGGAUAGUAAACUCAAAUAAGAUAUGAAGUUUAAAAAUGUUACCAGGCUUAUUCUGAUGGGUUGGCUGCAGAGUUGCCAAUAGUUUGUGAACAAAAAAUAUGGCAUAUUCUAACACUGUCGACAAAUCAUAAAGUAGCAAGAAGUGUUUUUUCUCUUAAUGAUGUCAGUGCAAAAAAAAAUUAUCCAGUGUAUUUUAGUAAAAACAGAAUUGUAAGGUUGACAACUUUGGUUGGUGUCAUACUUUCAUAUUUUUGAGAUCAUCUCCACUGAACUUGGUUCUGCAAAUUGGUUUAUUUUUGACAUGGUUUAAUUUGGUUGCCAUUUUCUUCAACAUGGGUGUUGAACCUUGUAUCUCCCCUAUAUGGAAAGCUCUAAAAUAAAUUAACUCAAAUCAGUGUUAGCAAUACUACUGUUAUGAUGAAUAAUCUGGAUGUUGUUUGACAAAUACUUGAAGUUAUAUUCUCAUUACCAAAAAAUAUUUUUUUAGACUUUGCUGCUGCCUAGCUUUAGUAACCCAAACCCAGUUAUUAGCCUAAAUAUGAUCAUGGUUAGAUCUAGCUAGUCAGAAACAAUAUAUAAACUUGUAAUUGCAUAUUUCAAAACCUAAAGUUAUUCUAUGAUCUGAAAAAGUGAACUGAGACCUGUACAGAUCUAUUAGUAUAAGGAUUAUAAAGAAGCAUUAAAAUAUGUAUAAGGGCUUUAAUCUGUAAGUUCAAUGAACUGAACCUUUUAAUUUGAAAAAUAUUCACGAAACAUUAGAGUGUGAAGUACUUGAAAAAAGUCUAAAUUAGACACGAGGUUUUAGAACCCUGUAAUAUUUCCUACAAAGGUUAAAUCUUUAUGUUACUGAUACAUAUAAAACAUUAGUAGAGAAUCCCUUUUGUUAUGGUGACGAUAAAUAAAUGAAGUUGGUGUAUUAUACUUCCAAGUUGUAAAUUUGCUAAUGGUGCUUAAAAUAUUUUCUUGUUUUGAGGUCUUUGUAUGGAUUUUUUUUAUUUAAAGUUUAAGUUGUCUCUUAUGUAAUUUAUUUUAUUUUCUUAUUAUUAUUCAUUGUGAAAAAAAUGAUCUGUCAAAAUAAUUUACAUAGUAUACACGUACCUCAGACAAUUGUCAUUGCUAUCCAGUUUUCAGAUGUUGUAAUAACAACAUGAUAAUCAUCUAAUCUACUGUCCUGGUAAGAAAAUUAUUGCAUAUGCACAUGGUAAAGUAUUCCUUAAUGAUUUAGUUAUUUUGUGUAUAUUUUUUAUUACAAAUGGGUAAAAGUUAGAACUUAACAGUUCUGGAUUAUUUAUAUGUACCUGAGCUAUAUGAUUCCAUAGUUUUAGUCUUUAAAACCAGUUAAUAGUGCAAAAUUGAGUAAAUGUGAACGAAACCAGCUACACCUGUACUGAUGUACAUAACUUAUAAUGCAUGGUGUAGUUUCCUAAGGAAAAAACAAAAAUGAUUUAAGUGUAGCUUACUGUGAUCCGUCCACAUUCACAGACAAUUCUUUAAUUUUGUUGAGUACAGUGCAGCAAAUUUUUGUGUGUAUAAGUGAUGAUUGCACCAAUCUCUUAUAGAAAUAAAAAGUUAUUCACAA